AUGGAACAUGACUUGAAGAUGAGCUGUCCUCAGGCUGAGAUAGAAGAAAAGGACUGUCCUCCACCAGAGGAAUUGGAGUGUAAAAUCUGUUACCAACGCUACAAUGCGCACAACCGCAAGCCUAAGAUCCUGGACUGCCUGCACCGGGUCUGCGCCCGGUGCCUCAUAAAGAUCCUGGACAUUGCUGAUGGUGCAGGCAGCAUCUCCUGCCCCUUUUGUCGACACCAAACCGAGAUCACAGAGUAUGAGGUGUCAGCCCUGCCUGAUGAUGCUAACAUCAUGACCCAUUUGGCAAUGCGGGACAAAUCCUGGAGCUCUGACCACAACAGAGAAGUGGUCCUUACUCCAAAGAGCUUGUCCUCCUCCAGCCUGUCUCACGAAUCCUCCAACUGCCUGGUCAUCACAAUUAUGGAAGUGCAGAGGGACUCGCAGCACUCCCCGAGCCGCAAUGGCAGCUCUGACAUUUACGCUGAGCAGAGCCUGGACUCAGUGUCGCUGGGCUCCAAUGGGCCGGCUGAUCAGGACGCCCUGUCCAAGCUGUGUAAUCAUGUCCCACGUAUCCUGGUCUGGCUGCUGGGUUUCUUAUAUUUUGGCUCACUGCCUUUAGGAAUCUACUUGUUGGUGAUCCAGAGAGUGACUCUUGGCAUUGUAUGUGUUAGUUUGGUGCCAUCAAGCCUGACAGUUUGCCUGGUUUAUGGAUUCUGCCAGUGUCUGUGCCAGGGCAUGUGUGACUGCUCCACUAGGGUCUAG